CUCACUCCCCCUCUUCCCUCUUAACCACUCAGGUCCCCUGCUCCACUCCCUCUCUCUUUCUCUCACCCAGCUCUGUCACUCACUCACUCUCUCGCACACUCUUACUUGCUCUCCUGGGCAGCGUCUCCAUCAUCUCAGAUAGUCAUCGACGCCGUGUUUUGCCAGGUGGACGCACUCCUCGCAGUCACCAUUUCUACUCCAGGGAACUCCACGCUGGCAGCGCAGCCCCUUCCACGGCUGAGCAUCGGGCGGAAGACCCUGGUGGCAGCUGCUGUGGGGGUCAUGCUGGUCCUGGUCCUGGUGGUCCUCAUCCCUGUGCUGGUGAACUCCGUUGGCACAGAUGACGGCUCUAGCCACUACGAGAUGCUGGGCGCCUGCCGCAUGGUGUGCGACCCCUUCUCGGCCACAGGAACGAUGAGCCCCGGCGUGCAUGUGGGCCCCAGCACGGCGACCUCAAGUCUACAGGUGGAAGACGAGGCGGAUCUGAGGGACCCCAGCAUCGGACCACCGCUGCCGACCUACAGUGCUCAGGGGCCACAAGGCAGAGUGGGGCGUCCUGGCAAGCCUGGACCUCCGGGGCCUCCUGGAGUGCCAGGGCCACCAGGGCCAAAGGGGCCCCCAGGAGAGAGUGUGGACAUAGUACGAACAGGGAUAUUGGGGUUAGGAGGUAAAGGGUCGGUCAGCACCACCACCUACAACACCAUGCCUCGGGUGGCGUUUUAUGCAGGACUACGGAACCCACAAGAAGGUUAUGAUAUUCUGCGCUUCGAUGAUGUGGUGACAAAUAUCGGGGGUAACUAUGAGGGGACAACGGGCAAGUUCACGUGCAAGAUCCCUGGCACUUACUUUUUCAUCUACAACGUGCUGAUGAGAGGAGGCGAUGGCACCAGCAUGUGGGCCGACCUGAUCAAGAACGGUCUGGUCAGGGCCAGCGCCAUCGCCCAAGACCAGGACCAGAGUUACGACUAUGCCGGCAACAGUGUCAUCCUUCACCUGGACGCUGGUGAUGAGGUUUUCAUUAAACUGGAUGGAGGCAAAGCUCACGGGGGCAACAGCAACAAGUACAGCACCUUUUCAGGAUUCAUUCUCUAUGCUGACUGAGGACGAGAAGAGACAGGACGUGGUCCAGUCGUCCAGGAUUGAAAGGUUACAGCCAGAGGGCACUCACCACCCCCCACACCCCUGAAGCGGCGUAUAUAAAAAGAUGGAUGUAGCCAUUUAGUUUUACGUAAAAA